CCUCCGGUUUUUCAGAAGAAAGAAACACAAGACUCUAAUAAUCAGAGGCGAGGAUCUUCGAGGAUCUCCUGGUGGUGGUACGGGAUGGCUUCGAAGCGGAUCUUGAAAGAACUCAAGGAUCUUCAGAAAGAUCCUCCUACCUCUUGCAGCGCAGGUGACUAAUUGUGCCGAGUUCCUCCAGAUGUGCAUCAUAUUGUACCCUUGUAAUCAACUUUGCUUUGGCCCAGUGGCAGAAGACAUGUUUCACUGGCAAGCUACAAUUAUGGGUCCUCCCGACAGUCCUUAUGCGGGUGGAGUGUUUCUAGUUACCAUUCAUUUCCCUCCAGAUUAUCCAUUUAAGCCACCUAAGGUAGCUUUCAGGACAAAGGUUUUCCAUCCAAACAUCAACAGCAAUGGCAGCAUUUGCCUUGAUAUCUUGAAGGAACAAUGGAGCCCAGCUCUUACCAUUUCCAAGGUAUUGUUGUCGAUCUGCUCUCUGUUGACGGAUCCGAACCCAGAUGACCCUCUAGUCCCGGAGAUUGCUCACAUGUACAAGACCGACAGGAACAAGUAUGAGACGACUGCACGGAGCUGGACCCAGAAGUACGCCAUGGGUUAAGCUGGGCUGCACCCAAACCCAGAUAAGGAAGGGCUUUUGUUUUCUCUUAUUUUGAAAAACAAACAAAACAAAAAUGUGUGGAAUUUUAUGCGUGCAUGCGUCUAUUGUAAGAUAGACUUCCUUGAAGGUGUCAAAAACGUCUUGCUUUUAUUUUUGUAUGCUAAUAUUUGCUUGCUUUGCUAAGAUAUUUAAUCUUAAUCUUCAUUUUCAGUUUUCA